AUGACCAGGAAUGAGCUUUUACUGGGCAACUACUCACAAACUAACAAGGGAAAUAAACAAAUCGUCUCACGUCUGCAGGGGAUUGAUAGAAGACAGCUGGUGCCUGUCAACAGGGCCGAGUCACUGUACCUCAGCAAGCGUUUCCCCCGGCUGCAGAGGCUUCAGGAGGGAGGCUGCCACUCUGUUCUGCCGCUGCCACAGAGGGUCCAGUACCUCAGCAAGCGUUUCCCCCGGCUGCAGAGGCUUCAGGAGGGAGGCUGCCACUCUGUUCUGCCGCUGCCACAGAGGGUCCAGCUCCUGGUUGCUGGACAGAACUGGGAGACGAGGUACCAGCUGCUGCAGCUGCGGCCAGCCCAGAGGGCUUCAUGGAUCGGCUACGCCAUCGCCUAUCACCUCCUAGAGGACUACGAGAUGGCUGCCAAGAUAGUAGAGAAGUUCAGGAAAACACAACAGACGUCUCCAGACAAGGUGGACUAUGAAUACAGUGAGCUGCUGCUGUACCAGAACCAGGUGCUGAGGGAGGCUGGACUCUACAGGGAGGUUCGGGACCAUCUCACCACCUACAAGAAACAGUUCUGUGACAAACUGGCCGUCGAGGAGUUGUAUCCCCCUGUAGGAGAGUUGUUUUUGAACCUGGAUCGUCUGGAUGAAGCUACAGAGGUCUACCGUCGUCUACAGGAGAGAAACCCUGAGAACUGGUCCUACUACCACGGCCUGGAGAAGGCCCUGAAGCCUGGCAGUGUGGAGGAGCGACAGAAGAUCUAUGAGGAUGCCUGGGUAUCCUAACGGACUGGUGUAUCCUUAAGGAAAGGACUGGUGCCCAGACGACUACCCCUCACCUUCCUCUCUGAUCUGCACAGAGGUACUAGAGGCGCUUCGGAAUGGAGGAUUGGGUGAGUCAAAGGAGCGGGCGGAGUCUUACCGUGCGGAGUGUCACAGGCUCUUCCCGUACGCGCUAGCCUUCAUGCCCGUGGGGUACGAGGAGAACACCAAGAUCGCCAAUGGCGACGUCUCCACAGAGACCGAGGAGCUGGCCAAUGACAUGUGAGCUGCGCUACGGUUGGAGAAACCUUACGUGCCAAGCACCGAGCCUUGGGGGACACCAAGUCGACUGGACGCCAUUUUGUAGCACCUGUUGAAACGUUGAAGUGGAGGAGACAGAGGGUUUGUUUCUCCUUUGCUUGGGCUUUGGCGCAGUUCGGUUCAUCUGUCUCCGACGUGGCAAACUAGGACUGUGUGUGGAGGAGGAAGAGGAGAAGGAAGAAGAGGGGAAUGAAAUAGGAAGUGAAUGAAAUGGGAAUUGUAUUUUUUCAUCUUGCUGACGGACUCUAACUGAAAAUACAACAUCAACAAACACUAUCAUCAACUGUUAUCAAAGAGUUUAUUAAAAACACAACCAACAGGCAGAUGAGAUGAAACUAUUUAUGUCAUGAACAACAACACUUGGUAUUUUUUCUGAGAGGAGAUGGAGAACUGUGUUCUCCGUUACUUUGUGUUCUCCGUGUAUUCUGGUUCUUUCUCCUGUGUUCUCCGUUACUUUGUGUUUUCUCCGUGUAUUCUGGUUCUUUCUCCUGUGUUGGUCAGACCUUCUCCUGACUCACUCAAACUCCUAAAUGAUCAGCAAGAAACAUGUUGUCCUCUACUUUAAUAAGAAUCCAUGUUGUCACAACACCCAAGAGGUGUUUUUGUGCAACAAUUCAGCAUUUUGGGCAAAGUACCAGACCUUUGCCACUCUAAAUACAACAUUUAAUUACUUAACUUAUUGACUAA